UUUAAUUCAGUUUGUUAUGAAACUAUCAUAUGACAUAAUCACCAUUUUUCUCAGUGAGGUUUGACAUAUAUUUUAAUUCGAAGCACAAUCAAUUAUUGUUUGGACAAAGCCUUAAAUUGCUAAAGGCAUAUUAUAGAGUAUUUUGCAUGAAAGAGAGACAAUAUCAACACACAAUUUCUGAUUGGCAAAAAUCAAUUAAAAUAUCUAGCAGGUAAUGUUACCUAUUAUUGACAUAAAGUGUCACAAAAUAUAUAAUACAGAGAAAGAUCGAUUUAAAAGCAUCUUAAACGACCAACAAGAAAGGAUCUAUUAGAAGUGGUUCUGAAUGGUGAAUGUCCGAGUGAAAACCAGUCUUUAUGUUUGAAGUAGAUUGGGAAAAAUGGAAAAUAGGGAAAAGGGCUAUUUUACGAUUAAUUUUAGUAACGAUUUUACUCAGUAUUUGUUUUCCCUUGAUUUGGUACACAAAACAAGAAUCAUUUAUUCUUUUGAAGAAAACAACAUGGUUGAUAGAUGAUGCCGCAGGUGGUUGGACAAAUGUUACCAUACAGUUCAAAACGUUGACAACUCGUUCACAUGUCAACAAUAAUCAUGUUAAAGUAAAACCAACAGAGAAGCCAUACACAUGUGAUGGAUGCUUUUCAAAACAGUUUAAAUUUCUGAUAAAUAAUGAAGGUAUUUGUAAAACAGAUAACGUUUCUAUCAACAUACUUAUAAUGAUAACGUCAUCUCCGCAAAAUAAGGUGAGUCGAAACGCUAUAAGAGACACUUGGUUGACGUAUGCUAAAAAGAACAACGGAAACAUCAGAUAUGUAUUUCUACUUGGAGAAUCGCCAAUGACUAAGGAAUUAGAGAAAGAAAACUUACAAACAAAGGAUAUUAUUUUUGGAAACUUUAAGGACGCAUACAAUAAUCUAACUUAUAAAACAUUGAUGGGUUAUCAGUGGGCAACACAACACUGCAAAAGCGCACAGUUCGUUAUGAAAACAGAUGACGAUAUGUUCGUUCAUAUUCCUGGACUAACUCGAGCCAUUAAGGAAAACUCCAAAGUAUUACAGACUGCAGUUGGCGGAAACUGUAGGCAAAGUGCACGUCCUAUAAGAAAUACACGAUCUAAAUGGUAUGCUUCUCUUAAAAGUUAUCCACAAAAAACCUAUCCCGGGUUUUGUUCCGGUACUGGAUACGUCACCAGUCUGAAUGUUGUCACCAAAAUAGUAAAAAUAUCGAAAAAUGUUCCGUUUUUUCAUCUGGAAGAUGUGUAUGUUUCCCUAUGUAUUAAACAACUUGGAUUGAAAUUGCAUUAUAUUGAUGGGUUUAUGAGAACAUUUGGACUUUGUCGUAAUGAAUAUAACGUGUUAGUUACUGUCCAUCAGGUGGCAGUCAACAGAAUGCGACGGAUGUGGGAAACCCUGUGUGCACCAAAAGAUAAAAAAUAAUAACACAAACAUAGGGUAUAGUGUAUGUAAUAUUUGGAAGAGGAAAUAUUCAACUAUUUUUUACAUUUUUAUAUUUAAACUAAACAUAAAUUCACUUUUAUUGCACAUGAAAUUAAACAGAAGUAUGCUU